AUGCAGGCCUCAACCACCCCAAAUGACACCUCCGUCACCAGCGUUGACUGCCACGCAUCCCUGUUGCUCUCUUGGUCUCGGAAAUGCAGAUCAUCGUACUGGUUUGCAACGUUCGUAGUUUGGCUAGGUCUCGCUACAGAUCUUCUCAUUUAUUCUAUGGUCAUCCCCGUUGUUCCUUUCCAGCUCGGACGCCUCGGGUGUAACGAUGUAUCCUCCCUGGCGGGAUGGCUUCUCUUCGCAUACGUAUGGUCACAAUCAAUUUAUCCUGCCAUCCCCGUCGCUGUGUGGUCUGAAAAAUGCGAUUCACGAAAAUUACCCCUCGUUCUUGGAGUACUCAUACUCAUAGGUUCCCAAAUCAUGUUCAUGGAGGCCCCGACUUACUGGCUGAUGGUCCUCGCACGAGUUCUCCAGGGCGUUGGAUCCUCCAUGACGUGGGGAACUGGCUUGGCAGCUUUUUGCGUACUAUCUCAAAUGCUCGCAUUUGCUCGUCUCAUCGCAUGUCAGGGGCAGCUCGGGAUCGCAAUGUCCGGCGCUUCCUUUGGAGAGCUCCUUGGGCUCCCAUUAGGCGGGGCGCUUUACACCCGUUUCGGCUUUCGUGGGCCCUUCAUUUUCGGGAUCAUUGUCGCCUUUUUGGAUCUUGUGUUCCAGUUUCUCACUAUUGAAUGCAAGGACUCACAAAAACAGCCCUCUUCUCCCGAUAGUCUCGCACUGGAGAGGGACACGUCGGACAAUGAUAACACCGUACAGCAAAAAAGCAUAUCUUUUACACAAGUUCUCCGUCUUCUGUUCCAGUCAAAACGUGCUCUAACGGCAACUUGUGUCCUAUUCUUCGCCGGGCAUGUCCUCCCUACUUUUCUUCCUUCCUCCUUGAUCCAUUUGAACAGUGUUUGGGGGCUCAAUCCAUCGGAGGUUGGUCUCGUCCUCUUGGCCGCUGCCAUUCCUACUCUUUUCGCUUCGCCUCUCUCAGGUUGGCUGACGGAUCGGCAAGGUCCCUCCUCUGGUGAUCAUAAGCGCAUUGAUCCCUCUCCAUUACCGUGGUAUAUCGUGAGGACGAUAAAUGGUCAUAUGGCUUUGUUCAUCGUGGCUUAUGCCUCUGCAAUCUUCUUCACCACUGCAGUCUGGUCUCCUGUUUCAGCAGAGCUUGCGUCAGUGUCACGAAAUGUAGACGGUAUUGGAUAUGCUCAUGUUUCGGGAAUUUUCAGUCUGGCGUAUGGGGCAGGAGCAACAGCAAGGGAUGGGCGACUAUCUCUUUUUAUUACGGUCGGAGCACUUGCCAUCGGUAUUGUCGUCACGGUUUUAUAUAGUGGAGAGAAGCCCAUAGCCCGACGAUACUACUUGUAA